GACACGGUGGCUGCGAAGAAGGGGCGCAAUGGCCGUGGACAUCACGCUGCUGUUCCGGGCCAGCGUGAAGACUGUGAAGACCCGGAACAAGGCCUUAGGGGUAGCGGUCGGUGGUGGCGGUGGCGGCGGCGGCGGCUCGGACGGCGGCCGGGAUGAGUUGUUUCGCCGGAGCCCCCGCCCCAAAGGGGACUUUUCCAGCCGGGCCCGGGAAGUGAUUUCCCAUAUUGGGAAGUUGAGAGACUUUCUUCUGGAACACAGGAAAGAUUACAUUAAUGCUUAUAGCCACAUUAUGUCUGAUUAUAUGAGAAUGACUGAUACAGAACGAGAUCAGAUUGAUCAAGAUGCCCAAAUAUUUAUGAGAACGUGUUCAGAAGCAAUUCAGCAACUAAGAUCCGAAGCACACAAGGAGGUACAUUCCCAGCAAGUGAAGGAACACAGAAGUGCUGUCUUGGAUUUCAUUGAAGAUUAUUUAAAAAGAGUAUGUAAAAUUUAUUCCGAGCAGAGAGCUAUCCGGGUUAAACGUGUGGUGGAUAAGAAAAGAUUAUCCAGACUUGAACCUGACCAAAGUAGUAAAUCUACAGAAUCUUCUUCAUCUGAGAAAGUUUCACAGAAUUCUUCAGAAGAAUCUGAAGAAAAAUCUACCACUGAAGAAAAUCAAGAUAAGAAUUUGACAGAAGCUCAGUCUAAUUUUGGACUGUGGGGAGAAGGCAGAGGUGAAGAUGAGCUGUCCCCAGAAGAAAUACAAGUGUUUGAACAAGAAAAUCAGAGGCUUGUUGGUGAAAUGAACAGUUUGUUUGAUGAAGUGAGGCAAAUUGAAGGAAAAGUGGUUGAAAUUUCCAGACUUCAAGAGAUAUUCACCGAAAAAGUUUUGCAACAGGAAACUGAGAUCGACAACAUUCACCAGCUAGUUGUAGGCGCAACAGAGAAUAUUAAAGAAGGUAACGAAGAUAUAAGAGAGGCAAUUAAAAACAAUGCAGGAUUCCGUGUCUGGAUUCUUUUCUUUCUUGUGAUGUGUUCAUUCUCCUUGCUUUUCCUGGACUGGUAUGAUAGCUAGUUGGUUUGAGUAUUUUUGAGGGUUGGUGGAGGCUGGGGGCUGGGGUUGUCUUCUUCCUGAAGGCCUUGAUUCUUUGCUCAUCUGUACAUUAAAUCACAGAAUACUUUCCUUUGAACAAAGCAGAAUGUACGAUAUGGUGUUUUAUACAAUUGUCACACAAUCGUGGCUCAAGAAUUUUAUGAUUAUGGAUGUUUGUAUAUACACUGUACACUCACAAAGAGAAUCCUCCAGUACAUUUAGUAGACCCAAUGAAUUCUUGUACUUUGAAGGUUUUAGCUUAGUAAUAAAAAGUAAAAUGGAUCAUUGACUGAAACCUUUUUAAAAAUGUAAAACGAUGGAUGCUCCAGUAGAGAAAUUCAGCUUCCUCUCAAAAUAAAGAGUAUAUUGAGUUUACAGAAAAUGCAUAGAAAUUAAUUUGAGGGAGAUGUUAUGCAGGGAGACUGCCUAAUUUCCCAUCUUGUUCAACUUCAGGGAAAAUAUUUAUGUAAUUUCCCUGCAAAAUGAUUAUUCGAUUCCUUUUCUUGCUAUUUCUCAUCUUUUGAAAUUAUAACUGUUCAUUCACCAAGAGUUAUUGUAUUUGUAGAACAAGAAAAAUGAUAGUCCAGUUGUUAAUCUUAUGAAUUUGUUUAACAUGAUUUAGCUUAUUAUAGAUUAAAAGUGUAAAAAUGAAGAUUUAUAGAUCCUUUAGAGUAUAUAUCAUGUAAUGAUGAGGUACUGAAAUGCUACAGUGGCACCAAAGAUCACCUCUGUAGAAGCCAGUCUUAUCAAGUAUUUAUUUCUAGGGUAGAAUCAAGGCAUAAACUCCUAAAUAAAAACCAGUAGCCUAAGUUAGGGGCUGUUUUGGAACUGGCUCCUGAAUGGAAUUAUCACACUAUAUGCUUUUGUGACAGGGCCGGCAGGUAGUUCAUAUUAGGCUCAGUCUCCUGCAGUUGCGUUCAGAGGAAUUCUUUGUACAGAGAAGGAAAUCUACAUUGGAAGGAAGUCCUGGGCCUACUUUAUCCCCCAGCAGCUGGCUGCCUAGAGAGUAUAAACUGGAAAGAUUAGUUAUUGAUUGAAGGAACCAACAUCUGUGAACCACCUCUGGGUGGGCUGCCCUAAGACAAGAAGCCUUGCCAUGUCUCAGCCUCAAAAUGCCCUCUUUGUCAAUGUGUGUUCAUGUACCUCAUUCUGCUGUAAUGUUUGGAAAAUGCAUGUGGUCUCUUGAAACAGAUAUUAGGCAGCCAGUGAUAUCCUUAUUGUACUUUAUUUACACAGAGUGAAAAUGUCAAAAGUUACAUGCGAUCGGAUUUACAGUCAAUAAAGUAUAUUAUCUACUAAAAAAUACAAACAUGGUUUGUUUUAAUAAUGUGUUUACAUGGAUUUCAGUUUUUUUUAUGCAGGAAAAGUUUUGGCACAGAAUUUAUUGCUUUUUAUGCAUUCCAUACAGCUUAGCAACAUCCUUCAGAGUCUUUUAUAGUACAUAACUGUUCAGUGAACCCUCAUUGUAUAUUUGGUACUUAAAACAAUAGAAUUAAGAAAGCAUGGUCCUUGUUUAGAAACAUUCUUGAUAAUAAAAUAUAUUCGUUUUAGAAGAAAAAUGAAGGAACCUAAGGUAGGACUGACCAUGCUCACCAUGUUUGUUUGACUAUAAAUCUGGGAGAACAACCUACUACUGUUUGCCGUUUAUUUUUAGCUAUUAAAAACAAUGAAACUUUUGACAUGUCCACUAGAAACAGCACAUUCAAAAUAACAUGGAGAGGAAAAAAUCUGUGAAUAUCAUUUUAUAUUUAAUUGUUUUACACACUUAUUUUGUCUAACUGGCAACUUUGUAAACAUAUAUUUGAUGUUCAGAAUAAAAUUGAAAGAUGAUUUUCUUA